AUGACUGAAAUUAAAUUACGUAACCUAACCCAGUGAAGCGCAGUGGCAGUGAAGCGGAGGUGGCGGAGAAGGGAGGCAGAGAGGUUUUGGCAAUUUCUCUGUUCUACUGGUAAGCGAAAAUGAAUUAUUCAGUGCGACGAGUGUUGCCAAUGUCAAGGAUUGUUCUUCGGUCCUACGCCACUGUCACUGCGAAACCCAACGAUAUUCCAUUUCAGCCCAAACUUGCUAACUCCGUUAACCUCAUCGGUCACGUCCAGUCCCCGAUUCAGUUCCAUGUCUCUCCCAACGAUGGCUACGUCUGGGCCUCCACCGUUAUCACGCGUCAAGACUCCUCUGACCUCUCUUUCUCGAUUCCGGUUAUAUUUGAGGGUGAUCUCGCUCAUACUGCCAAAUUUCAUCUCAAUCUAAAUGAUUGCAUCCACAUUGCUGGAAAACUCACCACUGAUUCACCCCAAUUGGAACACCUCCACCCCCAAUCUAAUAUUCAGGUUAUGGUACAAACCCUCAAUUUUGUUCAACGAUAUCCUCAACCCAACACCACCACAUCAAUUGAUUUGAAACCUCAACCUCAACCAGAACACUCAAUACCCAGUGCAAAGAAAAACCCGGAUUCUUCUUCACCGAGUCCCUGGAGAGACCUUCUAGAUAAUCCCAUGCAGUGGCGUGAUUUCCGUGAAAGCAAACGCAAUGGAUUGGUAAAACCAAAGCACCCUGAUUUCAAACGCAAGGAUGGCUAUUCUCUCUGGCUUGGCAAGGAUGAAAAGUGGGUUUUGCCUAAAUUGGAAGAACUUCAAUUUGAUGUUCCAACUGCUAUAUCCAAAAAAGUACACAUGUCUCAGGUGAUGGUGGUGAGUCCUGGAAUGAUUUGGUGCAAAACUAUGCUAACUGGUGGGAUAAUAGAUUAAAUAAGAGGAAUGCAAAAGCUCCCGAUUUCAAGCACAAAGAAACCGGUAAAGGGUUGUGGCUUGAUUCUUCAUCAGAGUGGGUGUUAGAAAAAUUGCCGCCACCUCUGAAGCCUAAACAAAGUGUAGAUACUGAAAGGACACUGGUUUCAUAAGCAAUGGACAGUGAAGCAGAAAAUGGAGUCAUUCUCUGUGUUACACUUCCAUGUAAUUAACUUAUGCCUUCCCAAGUUCUGUUUUUGUGAUAUUUUUUUUUUAUAAAACUAAGCAUUUCAACCAUUCGGCUACUAAGCAUUUGACUUGCAGUCUUUACCUAGGCGGAUAUAGAUAUAUUAGCUAGCUGCUUCUGAUGUGAAAAUGCAUUUAUCAUCAGACAGAAUUUCUGCUACUUCUGUACAUCCUUAUUCCGCAUAUGAGGGGAAGUGUUUUUGCUCAAUUGAUGGUGGAUUUCAUGUUCCUAAUAUGAAAGUGCAUUUUGGAAUUUGUUUUUUUCA